AUGGUUUCCGAAGUCAUUUCACGCUACCGCCUUCCCAUGCACGUCUUGAAGGAGUACCUUCAGGGGCAAUUUCCCACAUCCACGAUCAAUGUCGAAGAGGGCGAAGAUGAUCAUUAUGUUGUGAAGCUCCCACAAAGUCUGAGCAAGGACCAGAAAACUGCUAUAAAGGGUCUCCAAACCGAAGACAAUUAA